UGAGCGCGGGAUGAUAGCGUGCAGGUUAAUUUCAUUAAAAUGCCAACCCGGGACCAGGAGUGCCGCCGGGGGAGUUUAUUGCUCAGCUCAGUCGCGGUAAAAUAUGAGGGCUUCACGAUGACAUGAUGAGGAACGGCGUGUUGGUGGAAGGCAGGUGAAUCUCGGCGGGAUGAUGAUGCUGGAGAGGAUGUGAGGACUGAGGAGAAGAUUCUCUCUCCUUCUCCCUCUGCGUUGGUGCGGAAGAGGAGGGGGAAACCGUUGAUCUGCCUGAACCAUUUCGUCUCCAGCCAACGGAUUCCAUCUGAGGGGCGACAGGGGUGCCCAUUUCGGUAGUUAAGGUGUGUGCGUGUUUGUAUAAAUGCAUGAGAUUAGAGAUGUCAAGAGGAGGCAGCGCAGCCUCCAUCAUAGACUGAUUGAAAGGCUGAGAACAACAGGGUGAAAGAGCGAGAGGGUGAAAUUUUCAGAUAGAUAGGCUACUCAUCAGGCACAGCGCUGCUUUUCCGGUCAGUGGGAGAGCAAGCGAGAGAGAGAGAAACAUUUGUGUGACGUGUGUGUGUGUGUUUGUGACAGCGUUCCCCCAGUGCUUAGUGUAGAGACAGGUCUGUGCGCUGACACUCACUCAAACGGGCUGAUGCGCUUUGGAGCUGCGAGCAGGACCCUCUGGGAAACGUGUGUCGCUCGAACUGCCGGAGAUGCUUUGAAGACCCGGAUCUCUGCGCUACACGUGUUGAAUCUCAUACCUGCGUAUCCCUCUGCAUCUUAGAACACUCCACACGCUUGUGCAUUCGUGCAAACCAUGGAUUCUCUGGCCAACGACACGGACGGACUGGAGAACUCCUUGAAGUACUCCAAGUGUGACCAGACGGAGAAGAUGUGGAUUAGGCUGAAAGGAAUGCAGAAGUACAAAAGCACAUCUCAAAGAUUGAGAUGUCUGGUGAAGCAGCUGGAUAAGGGGGAGGUGAAUGUCGUAGACUUGAGGAAAAACAUUGAAUAUGCUGCAUCGGUUCUGGAAGCCGUGUACAUCGACGAAACUAGGCGGCUUCUGGACACAGAGGAUGAGCUCAGUGAUAUCCAGGCAGACUCUGUGCCCAUGGAGGUGCGAGAUUGGCUGGCCUCCACCUUCACCAGGAAGAUGGGAGUGGUACGCAGACGGCCGGAAGAGAAGCCCCGGUUUCGCAGCAUCGUUCACGCCGUUCAGGCUGGGAUCUUUGUUGAACGAAUGUACAGAAGGACAUCCAAUAUGGCAGGGUUGACCUAUCCACCAUCUGUAAUUACAGCUCUAAAGGAUGUUGAUAAAUGGUCAUUUGACGUCUUCACACUUCAAGAGGCGAGUAGUGAACACGCUCUGAAGUUCCUGGUGUAUGAACUGCUCACCAGAUACGACCUGAUCAGCCGCUUCAGGAUACCAGUGUCCUCCUUGGUGUCAUUUGUGGAAGCUCUGGAAAUAGGCUACAGCAAGCACAGAAACCCCUACCACAAUUUGAUCCACGCUGCUGAUGUCGCGCAGACGGCACACUAUAUGAUGCUACACACUGGCAUUAUGCACUGGCUCUCUGAACUGGAAAUAUUGGCCAUGGUGUUUGCUGCUGCAAUCCACGACUUUGAACACACUGGAACGACCAAUAACUUCCACAUUCAGACCAGAUCAGAAGUGGCCAUCCUGUACAAUGAUCGCUCGGUUCUGGAAAACCACCACGUGAGCGCAGCCUACAGACUCAUGCAAGAAGAUGAGAUGAACAUCCUGGUCAACCUCUCGAAGGAUGACUGGAGGGAGCUGCGUACGCUGGUGAUCGAGAUGGUCAUGAGCACAGAUAUGUCCUGCCAUUUUCAGCAGAUCAAGACGAUGAGGAACGUGCUGCAGCAGCCGGAGGGAAUAGACAAGGCUAAAGCGCUGUCCCUGAUGCUGCACGCGGCUGAUAUCAGCCAUCCCGCUAAGGGCUGGAAACUGCACUACCGCUGGACACAAGCCCUUAUGGAGGAGUUCUUCAGACAGGGUGACAAGGAGGCAGAACUAGGGCUGCCGUUCUCUCCAUUAUGUGACCGGAAAGCUACCAUGAUUGCCCAGUCUCAGAUAGGGUUCAUUGAUUUUAUCGUCGAGCCCACGUUCUCUGUUCUGGUCGACACCACAGAGAAGAUAAUUAGUCCUCUCAUAGAGGAAGCUGUCAAAUCUGGGGGUGUCCGCAGGUCAAGUUUGACGGGGCGGGGCUCAGCCGCGGUGGUGGAGUCGGUACAGAGACACAGCGGUCGGGGUUCGAAUGACGAGCAGGGAGGCACUACAGAUUACUCACUGGGCGGCAUUGAGCUGAAACGAGUCCGACACCUGCUCUCUGAGAUCAUCCAGAACAACAAGGAGCGCUGGAAAGAGCUGUCCGUUAAAGAGUUAGCCAAUAAACAGCAUGAGAGAAUGUCAGACCUGGAAGAGGAGCCCAUGACAAACACACAAGUCACACUGUCCCACAGCAGUCCAGCCAGAGGGAGUCACGACUCCGAGUCAAAGUCCCUUAACGAACUGAACAAUACGGACUCCACUCACUCUUCCCAGGACUCUCUGGACCAGAGUUCCCAGUCCCCUACAGAGGGACCGGGCGACGGUUCACCAGAGGAACACAGCUCAGAAACUCUGCCUUGGAACGGCAAAAGCGCCUGACGUCACACGGAUGGUGCCAAGCCUGAAUGUUUUUAAUCAGAAACAGGAUGAUGUACAUAGCAUUGUCCUCAUUGUAUUGUAAUGCUAUUAUACUCUCGGGCUCGGAGGGCUAAUUGUGCAGACAGAUGCGCGGAAUGUCCACAGAGUGAGACGGUAGUGUGCAGUGUUGUCAUGGCGACUGUGUUAUUGCUGGAGACAGACCUCUAUCAUCCCCUUGAGGAGGAUUUAGCGAGUCCCUGAAACGUAACGCUACCUAUUUGCUUCCCGAGCUUUAUUCCUGUUGGUUCGAUUCGUGUUUUGUUUUUUUUUGUAAAUUGUUUUUCUUUUCUCUCGUUUUUUUUUUGUUUGUUUGUAGACUGUCAUUAUUUAUUAAAGAUUACACAGCUACACUUUGCACCACAGUUAGUUUCAGUAUUUUAUUCUCGCUAUACAGUCACGCUUACCGGCUCUUUGCGGCACAUUAGGUCAGAAUGACUGGAGUAUUUCAAUUUCCAGAACAAUCCAUAAAGAGCUUUUUUUUAUUGUAGCAUGACGCGUAUAGUAUGCAGCUGUAAAAUUUUUGUAGAACAUGCUGCCUAUUAAAUCAUGAGCCAAUUUUUUAACGGUAGAGGUACAUGUCCUCAAGGGGGCAUUAUUUCAUUUUAACAAACCAAUUCUCCAAAUGUACACAAUUGUGUCCCUUUAAAUCCAUACAGUAUUAUAGCACAUAGCAGUGUCUAAAUAAAUGAUAUAUACAUUGGCUGUGUUUAGAAUGGAAUACUAGCUUAAUACUCACCAAAUACUGUGCAGUAUGUACUGUUUAAAAUAGUGAAACAGAAUAUUUUGUAACAAUAAACAUUUAAAUUUAAAGGAACAUGCUGUUUUGUGUUAAAAAGUCUUAGUCCAAUGUUAGAAAUCGCUAAUAUUGCAUUCGUUCGUCAUGAUACACUGGAAAUGAAGGGGCCAAAUCAAGCAAUUUGGCAAAUGGAGUAGAUAUACACUGUGCCCUGUAUAUAUACUGUACUCUGUACUACAGAAACAGUAAUAGUAUGCUUUUCUGAACACAGCCAUUGUGCAUUACACUGUUUUUCAGAAUCUCAGAACAAUCAUGAGGUACUAAACAUAUGCUACCAAAUAACUGUAUCAUGUUUUAUAAUGUUUAUGUGAAAAUACUGAUCAAUAGUUUUUUUUUUUUUUUUGCAUUAUAUAUGACAUAAACUGCCAAAAACAAGAUUUUUGUCAUUUGUAUCUCUUUUAAGGUCUGCAGUGGCUGAUGUGACAUCCGCUGUCUUCA